AUGCCUUCUAUUGCUUGGAUUGGACUGGGUAGCAUUGGAGAGGCCAUCUGCAAGAACCUCGCCCAGCAUGCGCCGCUGGAGGAGCCGGUGAUGGUGUGGAAUCGCACCGUGGAAAAAGCAGAGCGCCUGGCAGCUACGUCUGACAAGAUGGAAGCCGCAAAGUCACUGGCGGAUGCCGUCUCGCGAGCAGACAUCAUCUGCCUCUGCCUGGCGGACGAUGCCGCCGUGAGCAGCGUGGUAGACGAAGCGGCGCAGUUGUCUGUGUCGGGCAAAUUGUUUGUCGACUUGUCUACUGUGCAUCCCGAUACAGACCAAACGCAGGCAGACAAGCUGCAGAGUAUCGGAGCUACGUUCAUUGCCUGUCCUAUCUUCGGGGGUGUCGCCCUGGCGAUUGAAAGACAAAUAACUCUUGUCCUGGCUGGCCCUUCUGACGCCCUUGCCAGAUUCGAACCUUUUACAAAAGACGUAAUAUGUAAAGACACGAUAAAACUUGCGGAUCAGCCUCUUCGAGAGGCCGGCAUGCUCAAACUCGUCGGCAACUUUGUCCGCUUCUCGGCCAUAGAAGUCCUCUGCGAAGCCAGUGUCCUUUCCGAAAAGAUUGGUCUACCAAAGGAGACGCUGGCUAAGUUUGUGGGGGCCAUGAUUUCAGGACCUAGCGCUGGACAGCUCGCGAUGCUGCACUCUGGAGCGUACAGCGACCUCACCACGAACAUUGCGCCGAUCAGUAUGGCUCUGAAGGAAAACAGCUAUCUGAAUGACCUCGCCGAGCGUAACGGCGUCAAGCUUCGUGCGCUGGACACGGUGACGGCGCACGCGGAGCGCGUCAACGAAAUGAGAGGAUCAGAUGCCAAACUGCUUGCUAUUUACGGGUCAAUCAGAGAAGAGAAUGGCCUACCGUUUGAAAACAACUGA